CAGGCCUCGACAUGGAGGACGACUUUCGGCCGCAGGUGAAGAAGGUGGCUGUGGCCAUGGGCGCUUCCCUCACAGAGCAGGAUAUCAGCCGCAUGCCACAGGAGAUGAGAACACAGGGAACCUUCAACUACAGCAGCUUUCUGGAUUACAUGAGACGGUUCAAGACGUCGGAGCAGCGGGAGGAGGCCGUCAGAAAGGCCUUCGCCAAGCUCGACCAGGACGGCAGCGGAUACAUCGAGUGGAACGAGAUCAAGUACAUCCUGUCCACUGUCCCGAGCGCAGCCCCGUCAGCUCCUCUGUCUGAUGAGGAGGCCGAGGCCUUGAUCCAGGCUUCAGACGCUGAUGGAGACGGACGCAUCGACUUCACAGAGUUCUCAGACAUGGUGACGAUGGAGAAGAAACCCAGGAAAUAGACGUCACAGAGUUUACUUGCUCUCCACCAGAGGAGAGGAAGACGCCCUGAGACCUGAUGAACACCUGAAACAAGCUCCUCCACCUGAGCACCAGGGACUGAGGCAGCGAGAGGAGAUGUGAUAUCAGAGCAGAUUUCUACAAAGAGAAGAGAGUGAAAGUGAAAGUCUUGUCAUUGAACCGGUCACUGGCUGUUUCCUGAGUUUGUGAGAACAGAUUCUAUAUUAUUACCAAAACACAGAAAUGAUUAAAUCACAUUGUUCUGGGUUUUAUAGGGUCUGAAAUGUUGAUGCCAUAUUUAACAGGUACUUCAUUUUCUAAUAAAGACCUUCGGUGCUUUCUGGGGAGACUCUGGUUAAA